UGUAUCACAUAUUUUCCUUUCAAAUCUGCUUUGUAGUUAUUUUUUGGUCAGAAUUCAUUUUCCAUUGAACUAAAUUUGUUCUUAAAUGUCUGACUUCUAGUUUUGGCCUUAUGUUGCCUAGAGUAUGUAUCGAAUGUUUUUUAGAAAGUUCUUUUAUUCAUCAUUUCUUCUGUCAGAUUUUUGUUGUCAUUUAUGCCGGUGGUUGAUGAAUAAUUCUAAUUAGAAGUUUUGACUGUGGGUUGGAAAUAUUAAUGGCUAGAUCUAUACUAUGUUUGAUCAGGUUUUAGCGGUAAAGAAGAUAGAUUCCUCUCUUUUCCAAGGCGAGGGAGGGGUAGAUUUUACAGAAAUUGUUACGAACAUCUCCAAGCUUCACCAUCCAAACAUUGCUGAAAUUGUUGGUUAUUGCUCAGAACAGGGACAACAUAUGUUAGUCUACGAGUACUUCAGGAAUGGUUCACUUCAUGAAUUCCUACACCUGUCAGAUAACUUCAGUAAACCACUUACAUGGAACACAAGAAUCAAAAUUGCUCUGGGCACAGCCCGGGCUGUUGAGUAA